GGUCCGGGCCUGGGCACCUCGGGGCUGUGGGGGGCAGCGCGGCCGGGCCGGCGCGUGCUGCCCGAGCCUGGCACCAUGGACGCGCCACUCAUUACACCCGGGGAGCUGCUGUGUCUGGGCUCCAGCCUCGCCUUCUCCGGCCUCUUCUACUACCUCUACAGGAAGAAAACCAGAGUUGUGGCACGCAUACAGGAGGCUCCAAAGCUCCAGGUUGAUGAUGAUUUACCAGCAUUGGUGUCUGCGGCUGAUGGGAGGUGCCUGCCUUAUGUUGCUCUAGAAGGCAUAGUGCUGCCAGCCAAGGCUGCGCUGACAAGCCAUUACCAUGAGAGGCUGCAGGGUGUGAUCCAGAAGCUGCUUCUGAAAGAGCAUCGGCUGGUCUGGAACAGCUUGGCCCGGAGCUGGAGCGAGAGUGAGCGGGUGCUCUCAGAGCAGGUCUACACUGUCCCCUUCUUGCUGGCCUCGCCAGACACUGAGGCGGUGACACAGGUGAGCGUGGAGAGCCCACUCCGAGCCAUCUGCCUGCCACUGGAGGUGGUGUAUGAGAGGUUCCAACAGCCAGCCCACGGCUUCCGUGACCUGCUGGGGCAGUACUUGAGUGGGGAGAAGCCCAAGGGCAUCCUGGAGACAGAGGAACUGCUGCGUGUGGGAGCUGGGCUGACAGGCAUCGGAGAGCUGGCUCUGCACCCCGAUGGCUCCCUGCACCUCCAGCCACCAUCCCAGGGGGGGGACUAUUUCCUGUGCCUGGGGGACUGGCAGACGGUGCUGGAGGAGCUGGAGUCUGCCAGUGGGCUCUGGAAGGGGGCGGCCAUGCUGUGUGCCGUGGCAGGCCUGGCCGUCCUGCUGCAUGCCCUGUGCCGUGCCUUCCGCCACGCUCGCCUCAGGCAGCAGCGCGAGGACAAGGAGCUGGACAGCGAGGAGGCCGAGGACGGGGGGCUUGAGGACUCCUGUGUCAUCUGCCUGUCACGACCCCGCGAGUGCGUCCUCUUGGGCUGUGGCCACAUCUGCUGCUGCUUCCGCUGCUUCCAGGCCUUGCCUUCCCACCUCUGCCCCAUUUGCCGGGGGCCCAUUGACCGCGUGGUGCCCCUCUACCAGGCCUGAGAACAUCUGGGGAGCAGCCAGAGAUUGUUAAAGUGAAGCAAGCUUGGGGCCUGCAGUAAUCUCAGCUGUCCCCUGGUGUGCAGUUGUGUGAUUCCUGUUGGGGGAGAGGGGUCCUGGUGUGCCUCCCCCUGUCUUUUUUGGAAGGUGGAGAGUUCUAGCCUCCUCAUGCUCCCUUUUUCUGCCAGAAGCCCCUGCCCCCCACAAUGUGAAGGCUUGGGGAGAACAUGCUUGGUGCCUGAGCUGAAGAGCCAAGUCCCCUGCCCCAUGCCAGGGUGCCCUUUUCCUAGGCCUGGCCCCUCCAAAGCCAUGUGGGACUUUCAUUUUUCUGGUGUGUGACAUUAUGAGGAGCAUGGCAGGGGCAAGACCAGGGCUGGUGGGAUACAGUGGAGUGACAGAAACCCAAUUCCCCCUGAGUCACUGCAAUGGCACACUUUGGUGCCACCAUUGUGCUCUCUGCCCCAUGUGCUUGCAGCCACUGCCCAGACCAUGCUCAGCACCCAGGGACUGGUGGCAAUGAACUGUGCCCCUUCACCAUCUGCAGUGCCACCCAGGGAGGGAGAGUGUCCUUCUGCCAUCUCUGCAGAGUCUCCACUCUCCUCUGGAGCAGGGGCACAGCCAUAGAGCACCCCAGAGCCUGCCCAUGCCUCUAGCCCCUGCUGCACCCCACUUUCCUGCCUGCCUCCUGGCCGGGACCGAGUGCAGGCACGGGUUGUGGUGGUGUGUGGAGUGAUAAAAACAAGGAGUGGA